AUGGCCACAACCAAAGACAAGAAGAAAGACCUCCGAAAGCACAUCAAAUCCCUAACCUCCAGCCUCCCGGAAACCGAAACCUCCACCCAAUCUCAGAAAGUCCGGGACAUACUCAUCAACCUUCCGCAAUAUCAGAACGCCUCCCGCCUCUCCAUCUAUCUCUCAAUGCCCAAAGGAGAACUCCAAACCGAUGGCCUGGUCCAACACGCUCUCACCUCCGGCAAACAAGUCUUCGUCCCCUACCUCUCGGGCUCCGGUCGGUCAAGUACAAUGGACAUGCUGCGCCUGCAGUCGCUAGAGGAAUUCCACUCAUUGCCUCGAGACGACUGGGGCAUCCCCACUCUCCCAUCUGCCACCAUCGGGGAGCGGGAGAACGCAGCGGGUGGCAAGGGGCUGGUGGAGAUUGAGGAGAUUGAAGCACGGUAUGGCCCCGAGGCACAGCAGGCGGGAUACGCUACGGAUCCGGGCAGGAAGGAUGGCGAGGGCACGUUGGAUUUGAUUGUCAUGCCGGGCGUGUGCUUUGAUUACGGCUUGAGUAGGCUGGGGCAUGGAGGGGGUUACUAUGAUGGCUUUUUGACGCGCUUCUCGGGCGAUGGGACGAGGAAGCCGUUUUUGGUUGGACUAUGUCUGGCGGAGCAGCUGCUCGCAAUGGGACAGGAAGUGCCGACUACCAACUCGGACUGGAUCGUCGAUGCCCUCGCGGUGGGAGACGGCAGGUUGCUGACUUUGGACGAUUGA